AUGAGGAGGCACAACGACAAGAACACCGCCAGAUUUACAAAGUUAGGAAGAAGAAAGACGACAGAAGUCCAGACAGAGGAGCAGCAGAACGCUGACUCCAGCAGAUAUCACUGUGAAACUGCUUCCUCUCACUUUAACACGUCAUUACCACAGGAGGAGAAGUCACGUUACAGAGCGUCAGAGGAGGAGUCACCGUUACAGAGCGUCAGAGGAGGAGUCACGUUACAGAGCGUCAGAGGAGGAGUCACGUUACAGAGCGUCAGAGGAGGAGUCACGUUACAGAGCGUCAGAGGAGGAGCCAACGUUACAGAGCGUCAGAGGAGGAGUCACGUUACAGAGCGUCGGAGGAGGAGUCACGUUACAGAGCGUCAGAGGAGGAGCCAACGUUACAGAGCGUCGGAGGAGGAGUCACGUUACAGAGCGUCGGAGGAGGAGUCACGUUACAGAGCGUCAGAGGAGGAGUCAACGUUACAGAGCGUCAGAGGAGAAGUCACGUUACAGAGCGUCAGAGGAGGAGUCAACGUUACAGAGCGUCAGAGGAGGAGUCACGUUACAGAACAUCAGAGGAGGAGUCACGUUACAGAGCGUCAGAGGAGGAGUCACGUUACAGAACGUCAGAGGAGGAGUCAACGUUACAGGGCGUCAGAGGAGGAGUCACGUUACAGAGCGUCAGAGGAGGAGUCACGAUACAGAGCGUCAGAGGAGGAGUCACGUUACAGAGCGUCAGAGGAGGAGCCAACGUUACAGAGCGUCGGAGGAGGAGUCACGUUACAGAGCGUCAGAGGAGGAGUCACGUUACAGAGCGUCAGAGGAGGAGUCACGUUACAGAGCGUCAGAGGAGGAGUCACGUUACAGAGCGUCAGAGGAGGAGUCACGUUACAGAGCGUCAGAGGAGGAGUCACCGUUACAGAGCGUCAGAGGAGGAGUCACGUUACAGAGCGUCAGAGGAGGAGUCACGUUACAGAGCGUCAGAGGAGGAGUCACGUUACAGAGCGUCAGAGGAGGAGCCAACGUUACAGAGCGUCAGAGGAGGAGUCACGUUACAGAGCGUCGGAGGAGGAGUCACGUUACAGAGCGUCAGAGGAGGAGCCAACGUUACAGAGCGUCGGAGGAGGAGUCACGUUACAGAGCGUCGGAGGAGGAGUCACGUUACAGAGCGUCAGAGGAGGAGUCACGUUACAGAGCGUCAGAGGAGAAGUCACGUUACAGAGCGUCAGAGGAGGAGUCACCGUUACAGAGCGUCAGAGGAGGAGUCACGUUACAGAGCGUCAGAGGAGGAGUCAACGUUACAGAGCGUCAGAGGAGGAGUCACGUUACAGAGCGUCAGAGGAGGAGUCACGUUACAGAGCGUCAGAGGAGGAGUCACGUUACAGAGCGUCAGAGGAGGAGUCACGUUACAGAGCGUCAGAGGAGGAGUCACGUUACAGAGCGUCAGAGGAGGAGUCACGUUACAGAGCGUCAGAGGAGGAGUCACGUUACAGAACGUCAGAGGAGGAGUCAACGUUACAGGGCGUCAGAGGAGGAGUCACGUUACACAACGUCAGAGGAGUCAACGUUACAGGGCGUCAGAGGAGGAGUCAACGUUACAGAGCGUCAGAGGAGGAGUCACGUUACAGAACAUCAGAGGAGGAGUCACCGUUACAGAGCGUCAGAGGAGUCAACGUUACAGAGCGUCAGAGGAGGAGUCACGUUACAGAGCGUCAGAGGAGGAGUCACGUUACAGAGCGUCAGAGGAGGAGUCACGUUACAGAGCGUCAGAGGAGGAGUCACGUUACAGAACGUCAGAGGAGGAGUCAACGUUACAGGGCGUCAGAGGAGGAGUCACGUUACAGAACGUCAGAGGAGGAGUCACGUUACAGAGCGUCAGAGGAGGAGUCACGUUACAGAGCGUCAGAGGAGGAGUCAACGUUACAGAGCAUCAGAGGAGGAGUCACGUUACAGAGCGUCAGAGGAGGAGUCACGUUACAGAACGUCAGAGGAGGAGUCAACGUUACAGGGCGUCAGAGGAGGAGUCACGUUACAGAGCGUCAGAGGAGGAGUCACGUUACAGAGCGUCGGAGGAGGAGUCACGUUACAGAGCGUCAGAGGAGGAGUCACGUUACAGAACGUCAGAGGAGGAGUCAACGUUACAGGGCGUCAGAGGAGGAGUCAACGUUACAGAGCGUCAGAGGAGGAGUCACGUUACAGAACGUCAGAGGAGGAGUCACGUUACAGAGCGUCAGAGGAGGAGCCAACGUUACAGAGCGUCGGAGGAGGAGUCACGUUACACAACGUCAGAGGAGUCAACGUUACAGGGCGUCAGAGGAGGAGUCACGUUACAGAGCGUCAGAGGAGGAGUCACGUUACAGAGCGUCAGAGGAGGAGUCACGUUACAGAGCGUCAGAGGAGGAGUCACGUUACAGAGCGUCAGAGGAGGAGUCACGUUACAGAACGUCAGAGGAGGAGUCACGUUACAGAGCGUCAGAGGAGGAGUCACGUUACAGAGCGUCGGAGGAGGAGUCACGUUACAGAGCGUCGGAGGAGGAGUCACGUUACAGAGCGUCAGAGGAGGAGCCAACGUUACAGAGCGUCAGAGGAGGAGUCACGUUACAGAGCGUCGGAGGAGGAGCCAACGUUACAGAGCGUCGGAGGAGGAGUCACGUUACAGAGCGUCGGAGGAGGAGUCACGUUACAGAGCGUCAGAGGAGAAGUCACGUUACAGAGCGUCAGAGGAGGAGUCAACGUUACAGAGCGUCAGAGGAGGAGUCACGUUACAGAACAUCAGAGGAGGAGUCACGUUACAGAGCGUCAGAGGAGGAGUCACGUUACAGAGCGUCAGAGGAGGAGUCACGAUACAGAGCGUCAGAGGAGGAGUCACGUUACAGAGCGUCAGAGGAGGAGUCACGUUACAGAGCGUCAGAGGAGGAGUCAACGUUACAGAGCGUCAGAGGAGGAGUCAACGUUACAGAGCGUCAGAGGAGGAGUCACGUUACAGAGCGUCAGAGGAGGAGUCAACGUUACAGAGCGUCAGAGGAGGAGUCAACGUUACAGAGCAUCAGAGGAGGAGUCAACAUUACAGAGCGUCAGAGGAGGAGUCAACGUUACAGAGCGUCAGAGGAGGAGUCAACGUUACAGAGCGUCAGAGGAGGAGUCAACGUUACAGAGCAUCAGAGGAGGAGUCAACAUUACAGAGCGUCAGAGGAGGAGUCACGUUACAGAGCGUCAGAGGAGGAGUCAACGUUACAGAGCAUCAGAGGAGGAGUCAACAUUACAGAGCGUCAGAGGAGGAGUCACGUUACAGAACGUCAGAGGAGGAGUCAACGUUACAGGGCGUCAGAGGAGGAGUCACGUUACAGAGCGUCAGAGGAGGAGUCAACGUUACAGAGCAUCAGAGGAGGAGUCAACAUUACAGAGCGUCAGAGGAGGAGUCACAUGUUCCAACCAAUCAGCAGCACAGUGACUCAGUAA